AUGCCGGAAUCCGGUCCUUGCAGUCGAGGUGAUGACUCAGCCGGUAACCGCUCCGCGCGGCUGGAUUUGAACCUCGAGUAUUCCUCGCAGCCCUGUAUUGCGGAGCUUAGCGCGGAGCAACGGGCGGAAGGCUGCGCGGGAGCGCGGAGUUCCGCAGAAAGGCGGGAAUCCCUUGCGGGGAGGGGGGAUUUUUCCGCGGCGAGGGGAUUUUUGGUUACAGCCGCGGCGGUGGGGGAACCGUCGGCUGAAGAUGACACCGCAGGGUCGGGGGAAACACCGGUGGGCGGAGCGGGUGGCGGAGCGGAGGCGGAAGAGUCGGAGGGCGGAGGCGCGGAAGAGCCGGCGGCGCUAGACGACCUCGUCGGAAGGGCGUCGCGCUUUGCGCAGAGACUGGCGCAGCGGAGACUCCAGGCGGCAGGGGAACGCGCAGGGGGAGACGCGCAGGCUGGCGGAAGGGGAAGCGGUGGCGGAAACAGCAGCGGCGGCGCAGGCGCUGGCGGAAGAGAAGGCGCGGACCACACCCGCGCGGGGGGGACGGCGGAGGGAAGCGGGGAAGGCGGAGUAGGGGGAAGCGGGGGGGACAGCGGGGGGGGCUUUCAGGCUAUUUUAGCGGCAAUAGGGGCGGGUGGGGAUGAUGAGACCGCAGGGGGGGAUGGCGACACGGAAAACGAGUGUGAUAAUAGUGAGGACGAGGAUAAAGAGGAGAGUGGUGAUACUAGCGAGGAUUCUAGCAGUGACGACAGUGAUGAUUCGGAUGGGGAGGAGGGAGAAGGGGAGGACAAAGGGGAGAGCAGCAGUAGCGGAGAGAGCAGUGACGAGAACGACAAUAGCGAGGAUGACAGUAGCGAGGAUGAUGGUAACGCGUACGGCAACCAGGCGGGCAGGGGGAGCGAGUUUUGGUUCACGUUCGGCGCGCGGACAGGGAUGAGCGACGAAGGGGAGGCGGAGGCGGAGGCGAGGGAAGGGGGCGCGCGGGGGAGGGGGAGCAGGGGCAAGCGGAAGGGGUGGGUGAGUCGGAAGGAGGCUGCGCGCGCGUUCAGGGCGCAUCCCGUGGCGCAUGCGACGCGCAAAUUCGGGCGCUUCUCUGAGUCGGACCGGUGUCACCUGGCGCAGUCCUUCCUGCCAUGUGACGGCCCCAUGGUGGUGGACAAGGUGGCGUCUCGUGCUUAUAUUGGCCAGUUCAGCGGGGAUGGAGACCUGUUCGUGGCUGGUUUCCAGCAUGGCCUUCUGGGUCCCAUGGUGGUGGACAAGGUGGCAUCACGCGCGUAUAUAGGCCAGUUCAGCGGCGACAGGGAUCUGUUCGUGGCUGGCUUUCAGGACCGUCGGAUUCGCGUGUACGAUGUGGAUCGAGGGUGGGCGUUAAGGAAGGAUGUGAUUGCUCGCAACCUGCGAUGGACCAUCACCGACACUGCACUCUCUCCUGACCAACGAUUCCUGGUGUAUGCAUCCAUCACGCCCAUCGUGCAUCUGGUGAACGUCGGCUAUGGGAGCGGGGAGGUUGAGUCGCUUGCUAAUGUCACGGACAUUCACGAGGAGCUAAAUUUCACAGCAGUGGAAUCGAGACGCAGGGAGCGCAGCUUUGGCAUCUGGUCCCUCCAAUUCUCAUCCGACGGUCGGGAGCUCAUCGCCGGCAGCAGCGAUCGCUCGCUCUAUGUCUUUGAUCUGGAGAGAAACCAGCCCAUUCUUCGAGUGAAGGCCCAUCAGGACGAUGUGAACGCAGUGGCAUUCGCGGACGAGACCUCGCAGCUCAUCUACUCGGGCAGUGACGAUCGCAUCUGCAAGGUGUGGGACCGCCGCCUGCUUGACAACACCGAGCCCAUCGACCCGUUGCGACUGCUCGACCCUGUUGGACCUCCUCCCUUCAGUCACUCUGCUGGCGGUGCUGCUAGCGCUGCUAGUUCUGCUGCUGCUGGUGCUGCUGGUGCUGGCGCUGGUGCUGGUGCUGCUGGUGGUGCUAGUGGUGGUGGUGGCAGUGGUGGUGGGGGGGAGAGGCAGGGAGUGGGGUGUCGGAACAAGCCGGUGGGGGUGCUGGUGGGGCACACAGAGGGUAUAACGCAUCUGGCUUCUAAAGGGGACGCUAGAUGCUUUCUUACCAACGGCAAGGAUCAGACGAUGAAGCUGUGGGACAUCCGAGUCAUGAUGGACCAUGCUGCUUAUGAAGAUCUCCCCCCUCCGCGAAUCCCCUUCUUCCAGUGGGACUAUCGUUGGAUGGACUACCCGGGCAGGGGCAUGAGGGUCGCACACCCCAGCGACCAGUCACUCAUGACGUACCGCAACCACCACGUGCUGCAGACGCUCAUCCGCUGCUACUUCUCCCCUCUGCACUCCACGGCCCAGCGAUUUGUCUACUCUGGGUCGCACGACGGUGCUGUGUAUAUCUUUGACCUGUUGACAGGAAAGCAAGUGGCAAAGCUGAAGCACCACGGGUCGACUGUCCGGGACUGCUCCUGGCACCCCACACGGCCGGCUCUAGCGUCGGUGGGGUGGGACGGCAAGGUGGCUGUGUGGGAGAGCUUUCACGGGGAGACGCCGCCUGAAUGCAAGAAGAUGCGGCAGAUUCCCUGUAAGGGAGGGGGCGCUGGCGACGGUGCAGGGACAGGGGGCAUGCGGCCAGCCCUGGUGUCGGUGGGGUGGGAUGGCAAGGCAGCCCUCUGGGAGAGCUUUCACGGGGAGACUCCUCCUGAAUGCAAGAAGAUGCGGCAGAUCCCCCAAGGCAUACUCCCCCCAUUGCUCAUGGGGAUAGCUGUGGCAAUAGAGGAGGUUGGGGAGGUGAUGGGAGAGGAGAAGAGGAGGUGGUGGGGAAGGGGCAUUGGUGCUGGUCGGUGCAGAUCUGGGUAG